CGCACUGGGGGAAAGAAGAGAGAGAAUAUAAAGAGGAGGAGGGGGAAAAAAAACUCAACUCAAGGGAUGACAUAGCCAAAGACAUGAGGAUCCUACAGCUGAACGAAUGUGUGAAAAUCUUGAGCUUUAACCAGCGCACCUGAGACAAGGGGCGUAACCCGACCCAACCAAAGUUCUUCAAUACCAAAGCAAACCGAGACCAAACGGGAGCCGAACCAAACCCAAACCGGGCCCUGUGUUAUUCCGUAUUGUGGAGAUGAAGCUGGAAAGCACACCAGGAGACAUGAGCAGGUGGAGGGAGGUGGACUUUGUCCUCAACUGCACCUACAUCGUCCCGGACCAGGUGUCGGACCCCAGCUUCAGACUGCCCAAAGCCAUGACCUCCAUCCCACGCAACCUCACCUUCGAAUACAGCGCCGACAAUGAGGUGACGGGCGUGUUCAGCAAAGAGUACAUCCCACAGGGGACUCGCUUCGGCCCCCUGCAAGGACUCCUCUACACCAAAGACAACGUCCCCAAACAGGCCAACAGGAAGUACUUCUGGCGGAUUUACAGCGGCGGGCAGCUCCAAAACUUCGUCGAUGGCUACGACGUCCACAGGAGCAACUGGAUGCGUUACGUCAACCCGGCCCGCUCUCUGGCCGAACAGAACCUGGUGGCCUGCCAGAACGGCCGGGACAUCUACUUCUACACCAUCCGACCGGUGGAGCCCAGCCAGGAGCUGCUGGUGUGGUACAGCCAGGAGUUCGCCCAGAGGCUCUGCGGCCAGCAGGUCGACAUCAAACAGAAAUACACGAGUUCGGAUGAAGACCGCGAGCCGGAGUACGCCAAACAGCACCUACCUCAGCAGACAUGGCUUACGGACAGAACCAAGGAGGAGGUGAAGGAAGAGAGGGAUGAGGACGGGGAGGAGAACAUCGACGUGGAGAUGUUGGAAAGAGACACGCCGCCGGUCACGCCCGAUGACCAGAUCAUGGACUUCAGCAAAAAGGUGGAGAAGGAGGAGAGCAACCGAGAUCCGGAAGACCGGGGGGUCGUUCCUUCCCCGAAGUCCGAACACAGAGAGCCCGGUCUGGGCUUGAGUCACCCGUACUUACCGGAUCCUCAUCCUGCGCUGCCAUCCCAGCACCGAAAUCUCCCUCUCCACCUCCACGGCCUCUACAGGGAAGGCGUUUCACCCUACCCCAUUUACCCCCAAUCCAGGCCCCUCCAGCCCAACUACCAGCUCCUCCCCCCCUACGGCCCGCACUAUCCUCGCCUCCUCCUCCCUUCGUACUCCCCUCCCUUCCCUGGGAUGCUGCCCUCAAGAGGAUCCCUCCGAUACGGCGGCUACCUGGCCACCGACGGCCUCCCGUACCCGCCCAUCGGCCCGCCUACUCUGCUGCCGGUGUCCCUCCCCUACCCUCCGUCUUCGCAGGGAGGUCUUAAAGAACUCAAAGCAAACGUGUCGCCGCCGCGAGGCGCGCCGGCCACCCCGGAGCUCUCCCCUCUCCCCAAGCCCGACGGUCAGCAUCAUUCUGCCGAGCAGUCCCCCUCCGGUUUCGAGGAAGCCAUGAAUCUGAGUAUGGCUACGAUCAAAAGCAAACACGCCACGCGCAACGGCCCCGGCCACAAAUCGCUGCCCUACCCACUGCAGAAGCAGAACGGAAAGAUCAAGUAUGAAUGUAAUAUCUGCUCCAAGACCUUCGGACAGCUGUCGAACCUCAAGGUCCAUCUCCGAGUGCACAGUGGCGAGAGACCGUUCCAGUGCAACUUGUGUAAAAAGAGCUUCACUCAGCUGGCCCACCUCCAGAAACAUCACCUGGUCCACACGGGGGAGAAGCCACAUGAAUGCACGGUGUGUCACAAACGGUUCAGUAGCACCAGCAACUUGAAGACACACCUCCGCCUCCACUCCGGGGAGAAACCCUACCAGUGCAAGCUGUGCAACACCAAGUUCACCCAGUACAUCCACCUCAAACUGCACCGGCGGCUCCACAGCGGCCGCGACCGCCCCUACCGCUGCCCGCUCUGCGCCCAGGCCUUCUUCCACCGCUUCUCCCUCCGCAUCCACCAGUGCAGCUGCUGCCCGGCCAAGUCCGGCGCGCCCGUCGACGUGCACGUGAAGCAGAUGGCGGAGCGGUUCGACGCCAGCCAAGAGGCCGACGUGCUCGCGGAGGCGGCGACGGCGGCGCAGGUGGAGGAGGCGGUGGAGCGCUGGUUGGAGCGCACCUUGGAGGGCGAGGAAAAGGAGGACCAGAGGGAGGCAACCCUCCUGCUGAAAGCGCUGACGGUGGCUUUGAACUCACCGGCAGCGGCCGUGGCCCAAUCGGCGACGCCAGCAUCCCACCACAGCCCCCCACUGGUCUAUCAGGAGAGGGCCAGCGUUGUUCACCUCCACCAACGACCAAGAGUGAAGACUGAAGGACAGUGAGGAGGAACCAAUCGAGAGGGAGGGAGGUAUAUAAAAAGGACAUACAGCCUACCAGCAACCAAGAAAACAGAUGUUUCGCCAAAUAGAACUCCCUAAAGGGGUCCAUGAAGGGCCUCAAAGGGACACUUGCAUAAUCAAAUGAGCGCAGCACCAAAAGAAGAGCAUUCCAAAGACUGGGUGAGGGUGUCAGUGAUUGUACUUCCUCUCAAAACUCAGGUUAAAAAAUGAAAACGGAGGAGGAUGUUGUUAAGCUGUGAAGUAUUGAAAACUCUUUUCACUCGGGUAGAGAAUUGUUUGAUUUUUUGUUUUUGUGCUUUAACUUAUUACUUUUUCUUGAAAAUUUGAGUCAUCUUUAUUUAUUUAGUUGUCUAAUAGCAUAAUGUGUUUUGUUUGUGUUUGUUAGUGGGUUUUUUCCUCGUUUUUUUUCUGUGUGUUGACACUUCUAGAGAUUUGAUCUCUUAGCAAAACCACAAAUGGACUCAGGAGCAAUAACGUGGCCGGAGCCGGCGAACGAGUCCUCGCUGAAUUGUUUUGCGUGUUUGACGAGUGGAAGUUUAUAUACGGACGACAGGGCUCAGUGAUGAUGGCACAAACCACAUCCCUGUUUUGUAACUAUUUUAUUUAUUUAUGAAAUAAUAAAAAAGGGAAGAACAAACAAAAAAAAUCAGGUCUCUUGAAAACUGUGUGUUAAUAAGCAAUUGCCAAAACUACAAUCAAAGAACAUGAAUGUGUAGCGAUGUUUUUUUGGGAUCAUUACUCAACUCAUUGUAACAUUAGAAGUGAGGAAAACACCUUUUUUGUUUUGUUUAUACUAUUCAGCUGCUUCUCGUAGGUAAUUUCAAUAUAUAAGUAUCAAAAGACACCAAAUAGCAACAAAAGAAAGUAAACUACACAUUCAAUGGGAUCACAAUGAAAUAUGUACAUAACGUCGUUUUUAACGCUGCGUAGCUUUUUACUGGAUUCAGAUGUUUCUGACUUGCUUUACCGUGAAGGUUUUGAGCAGCACACAGGUAAAAUUUUCUAAUAUUGUUAAUAUUUUUUUUACUCUGCACUGGAAGAAAAUGCUUUUGGUUGUUCCCCAAAACCAUGUAGGCAGGUACUGCUUUUUAAAAUUGUACGACUGAGUCAGUGAUGUACUUCUUUUAUGAUUUUUGUAGUGUUCUUUUUUUACUUUGUACAAUAUGUUUGUCUGUGUAGUUUAUUUUUGAAAACAAGUUAUGAGAUGUUAAGAAUUUAUAUGCGAGAGACUAUUUUCACGAUAAUUUUAUAUUUACACGAUGUAGCAUAUUAAAGAUAUUGUUUCUAUA